AUGGGGUUACUCAGUCACUCGCUCAUCAGCAAAGCCUUUUUGCUAUCAUGUGUUUUCGCUUACGCAUUUGCUACUUACAGCUUUAGUGGUAAUACUGCCAUUGACGGUAUUACCUUUUUCCCAUUGGCUGCUUCAGUUACUUCGGGUUCUACAUUGCUCAUCCAGUCUGGUAUUCUUCACUAUUUCUUAUCCACACUAACUAAUUACGGUAAAUUAUACAUCUGCGAAACUAGCAGUUGGGAUAUUGGUAUGAGUGUUUUAGGUUACGGUAGCUUUUACAAUUACGGUACUUUCAUGGUUGACGAUACCGAGGCCUUAACUGCUGUUAACGUCAAAUUUAGUGGUGAUGUCUUUACGAACGAUGGUGAUAUUUUUGUUACAAGUAAGGGCUAUUUACUUAACGGUGCUACAGUUAAGUUUACUAGCAGUGAUUGGACCAAUACUGGUUUAAUCAACAUCAACCAAGACAGUGGUUCUGCAUUACUAAGCGAUGUUGAAUUGGGUGGUGGUGACAAAUGGAUCAUCUUUGGUCAAGAUCACAUUGUUAACACUGGUACUAUUUGUGUCACUAAUGUCAAAUAUAACCAAUACGCUGCCAUGAGUGGUCAAGGUUGUAUCGAUGUUGGUGAAGAUGCAGUUCUAUACCUUGACCAUACUAUUCCACGUGAUAUGUCAUCUCAAACCAUCUUCAUGUCUAGUUCAUCUUCUACUGUCACCAUCAAGAACACUCUUGGUUACAGUACCUUGACUGUUAGAGGAUUCGGUGACGGCAACGUUAUCAACUUCCCAUUCGUGAUUAUUUAUCACAGUUACAACUCUUCAAGCGGUAUUUUAACUGUUGUCAGCGCUGCUUUAUUGAUGUACAUUGACAUCGGUACUGGUUAUGACUCCAACGACUUUGAAUUAACCAACAACGGUUUAAUCCUAUUUGGUGCUAUUAAAUACACUGGCUCUGUCCCAGACUCUACCCGUCCAAGUGUCUGUUCCGUUUGUACUGCUGCUCCAUCAUGCUCCGACAUCACCGCAUCGUCAUACAGCACCAUGUCCAACUCUUUCACCGAAGUUACUCUUCCAGAUGCUUACACUACUACUGUAUCCGAUGAAAGUGAAACUGCUACCGAAUUGAUCUCCUUCUACUAUACCACAGACAACGGUGGAAGUAGUAUCAUUGAUGCUACUACAUACAUUGUCAGUGGAAGUUCCAUUAUGGAAAUGAGUUCAGGUGUUGUCAGUUCUAAUGCUUCCCAUUCCACUAUUAUCGAACCAUCUACUAGUGCCACUGUUUCUAUCUCCUCUACCGCUAUCACUACUAGUGACUCUACAGAAAGUGUAGCUGUCUCUGAAGGUGUUAGUACCUCAGUUGACAAUGGUAAGACAGUUACCGUGACUGUUGGUGAAUCUUCUACUACGACUGCUUCAUCUGCUUCAUCAGCUUUUUCGUCCUCUGUUUCUUCUGCUCCUGCUUCAUCCUCAUCUUCCUCUUCUGGUGCUGCUGCUCUCACUACCUACACAACUACAGCCACUAACGGGGGUUCAACUUCCACCUAUGUUGUAGUUGAAUACACCACUACUGAUUCAGUAGGUGCAACUCUUACCUCAGAAGUUACCUACACUGUUGGCGCAGAAAGUACCGAAACCCUAAGUGCUUACACUACUACUAUUGUCUCUGGCGGUACCAGUGAAACUGUUGUAGUUUCUGAAUACGUCACUGUUGACUCGGAAGGAAGUGUUUAUACUACUUGUACUACAUAUGAAGUUGGCGCCUCAGGUAGUGGUUCAAGUUACACCACUACUGUCACUGCUGGUGUUAGUACCGAAGUUGUUGUUAUCUGCACAUGUACUUUAACAAAAUCCAAUGGUGAAACCGUCAGCACUUUAACCACUUUCCCUGCUACUUCCACUCCAACUGACAUGUCUGGGGAAUCCUAUACUACUACUCUAGUUCACGGCGGUACUGUUACUGAAUAUGUUAUGUGUGACUAUGAAUCCACUAACUCAGCUGGUGCUGUCGUUACAUCUCACAGUACAGUUUCUACUAUCGCAGCUGGUAAUGAUUACACCACCACAGUUGUAAGCAAUGGAGUUACCUCCACUGUCACUGUAUGUGAAUGCACUUUCACCAACGCUCAAGGAGCUACCUAUGUUUCACACAGUACUCGUAGUGCUACCGAAACUCAACCACUCGCCACCGAAGCAGCUGAAGCCAAAUCCUCUUCUCAAGGUACUACGACGGUAACUGCUGUCCAGUCGGUUGCUGAUACUACUACCAAGAUUGAAACAUUAACUGCUUCCUCCAAGGCAGUUAGCGAAGCAGUAACUACUGCAGCUCAGGUGUCAGCUUAUGAAGGUAAAGCAGCAAACUUAAAGCUGGGCGGUCUAUUCAUCGCUUUAGCUUCUACUUUCUUUCUUUUUGUUUGA